AUGGCCUCCACCCAAUGUUUCUUGCACCACCAUGCCCUCACCACGCCAGCUAGAGCUUCACCACAGCGCCAAGUGGUGACCACCAAACCGAACCACAUUGUCUGCAAGGCACAGAAGCAGGUUGUCCAAGAGGGUGACGCCACCAGCCUUGUCUCUCGCAGGUUGGUCCUCACUGUGGUCAUUGGUGCUGCUGCUGUUGCCUCUAAGGUCUCUCCUGCUGAUGCAGCCUAUGGGGAAGCUGCCAAUGUGUUUGGAAAGCCAAAGACAAACACAGACUUCCUUCCAUACAAAGGGGAUGGAUUCAAAUUGUCGAUUCCCUCAAAGUGGAACCCAAGCAAAGAGGUUGAGUACCCAGGUCAGGUUCUUAGAUAUGAGGAUAAUUUUGACACAACAAGCAAUGUUGCUGUCAUGGUCACCGCAACUGAUAAGAAGUCCAUCACUGACUAUGGUUCACCUGAGAAGUUCCUAUCUGAGGUGGAUUAUUUGCUUGGAAAACAAGCCUUUUUUGGCCAAACUGAUUCUGAGGGUGGUUUUGAUUCCAAUGCUGUAGCAACUGCAAACAUCUUGGAGAGUGCAUCACCUGUCAUUGAUGGGAAAAAGUACUACAGUUUGUCUGUGUUGACAAGGACAGCUGAUGGUGAUGAAGGUGGCAAGCAUCAGCUGAUUACAGCAACUGUGAAAGAUGGCAAACUAUACAUUUGCAAAGCUCAAGCUGGAGACAAGAGAUGGUUUAAGGGUGCAAGAAAAUUUGUGGAGAGCACCGCAAGUUCCUUCAGUGUUGCCUAA